AGAUGUCUGCGCAGUAGUCGGCGGUUACAUUAGGCCUCAUUUCUUUUGUGCAAGCAUGUCCUUCUUGGACCCCGACUUCCCAGCGGACGAACGCAGCAUUCACGAGGUCACACGUAAAGGAGUGACCUACAAGGGAACUGCUGUUAAUGAUGUUGUAGCCUGGCGGCGGCUGAAGGACCUCCAAUGCUUCCAGCUAGCCACGGAUGGGAAACAGCACGUGCAGCUGUUCCAGGACGGCAUCGAGGCGGCCGACAUCCAUCAGGGCCAGCUGGGCAACUGCGGCCUGCUGAGCGCGCUGGCGUGUCUGGCCACUCGGCCCGGCGGCGUGGAGGAGCUGUUCCUGACCCCCGAAUACAACGAGGAGGGCAGGUACCAGCUGAGGCUUUGGGACCGGGCCCGCAAGCAAUUCCGUGAGAUCACCGUCGACGACCGCAUCCCUGUGUGGAAGGACAGCGGACUGCCGUGCUUCGCCCGGCCCAACGGCAACGAGGCCUGGGUGCUGCUGCUGGAGAAGGCUGUGGCCAAGUGGGCUGGCGGCUACGACCAGCUGCGCGGCAGACACGCCUCCUGGUGGCUGCAGGCGCUGACGGGGCACUACACCUGCGUGUUUGCACUGGGGAGCAAGUACGGCCCGAACCGGGCGGCGGGAGACGACCGCACGGCCUGGAGAUGGAUGCGUCAGGAGCUGGGGGACAAGGUGGGCGCGCUGAGCUACCGCGAGGACGACCCCAACAAGUUCUUCAGCCAGGAGGAAAUGUUCAUGGCUGCGGAGUAUCACCUGUCCAUCGGCAACCUGGUCGCGGCCGCCUCCGAGGGGGCCUCCGACACCUGCCACCUGGAGGGGGUGGUGCGGAACCACGCAUACACCGUGCUGGCGGCACGCCUGGUGGCGGCGCGGGACCCCCAAGGCGGCGGGCAGGAGCGCGCUCUGAUGGUGGUGCAGGUUCGCAACCCGCACGGCUCGGGCGGCCGCGAGUGGACGGGGGACUGGAGUGACGCCAGCCCGCUGUGGGAGCAGCACCCAGAGGUGGCGGCGGCUCUGGGCUACGUCCCGCCCUCCGCCGCCGCCCCCGGCACUCCCACCGACGGCUGCUUCUGGAUGAGUUGGCCCGACUUCACCCGCCACUUUCACAACCUCAUCUUCUGCUGCGCAAAGGGAUUUGACUAUGUGGAUGAUGAUGCUGAUGAGGGCACGGGCUCCACACGCGUGUUCAAGGACUCAGCGUUCCCGCACGACCACACCUCUUUGGGUCCCGACUUCAAACUGGCGUUGGCGGCCGGUCGCUCCCUGGCCGGGCCAGAGCUAGACAGCUCGGGCUCUGUGGUGUGGCUGCGCCUUCGUGACCUGGCCGCCGAGGAGGCCUUCCGCCGCGGCGCCCGCGGGCUCAAGCUGUUCGCGGGCGGCGGCACCCACCCCGACGACAUCGACGGCGGCAGCGGCGGUCUGAUGGUGGCGGUGGCGUGCCUGGCCAACCGGCCGGGCGUGGUGGAGGAGCUGUUCCUGUCGGGCUCCGAGUACCGGCCGGAUGGGGAGUACCAGCUGCGGCUGUACGACCCGGCUGGACUCAUGGCGGCAGCGGCGGCGGCGGCGGCGGCAGUAACGCCAGGAUCACCGGCAGCGGCAGCGGCAGGGGCAGCGGCAGGGGCACAGGGAGUCAGUGGAGGCGCAGGGGCACAGCUGGUCACAUUCGACGACUGGAUUCCUUGCUUUGGCGCCGGCUUCGCGGCGGCCGGCCGGCCGAUUACCGGCACCCGCAUCCUGGGGGCGGAGGUGUGGGUGCUACUGCUGGAGAAGGCCGUGGCCAAGUUUGUGGGCUCCUACCGCAAGCUGCGCGACUGCCUGGUGCCGUGGGCGCUGGCGGCGCUGUCCGGGCAAUACACGUGCAUGCUCACGUGGCAGGCCGACAAGCAGAAGUGGCGGCGCGAGGAGCUGGUGUUCAAGCCGGGGGAGCCAGGCAGCUGCGGCCGCAAGUGGGCGGCGGGGGACGCGGCGCUGAUUGGCAGCGACCAGCUGUUUGGGACGUUCUCCACGCAGCUGCUGCUGGGGUGCGCCAUCGCCGCUGAGACAGACCGCGAGGACGUGGCCACGGACGCCACGGGUCUGGCCAAGGCCCGGUACUACAGCGUGCUUGAUGCUAGGGUGGUCCGGGCGGGCGACGCGGAGGUCAGGCUGGUCAAGCUGCGCGACCCGGCGCGCACGCACGAGUGGAAAGGCGACUGGAGCGAUACCAGCGCCCUGUGGGACUCACACCCCGAGGUGGCUGCGGAGCUGGAGUUCCAGCGGGAAGCGGCGGCGGUGGCGGCGGUGGCGGCGGCGGCGGCGGAGGGACCGGUGCGGAACGGCGGCAGCGGCCACGGCGGCGGCGGCGGCGGCGCUGCCUCUGCGGGGACUGGUGUUGUGGCGGCGCUGCCUGGGAGCUGGGGCUCGGUGCGGCGGGAUGGCGCCUUCUGGAUGCCUUGGCAGGAUUUUCUCACCCACUUCAGAAAGGUGGCGGCCUGCGGCAACAGCCUGCGAGGGGCGGCGCGGCCCUGGGAGGCCAGUGAGGAGGAGCUGCAGCGGGCGGCGAGGAAGCUGCAGCGGCUGAGGGCGGCGCUGCGCAAGCGCGCAGAGCAGGAGGCGCUGGAGGAGUCGCGGCAUCAGGAGGUGCGGCGCAAGGCGCUGGAGCGGCUGCAGCAGGCGGGCAAUGGCAGUAGCAACGGCAGCAGCAACGGCAGUAGCAACGGCCAUAGCAACGGCAGUAGCAAAGGAAGCGCCAACGGCAGCAGCAACGGCCAUAGCAACGGCCAUAGUAGCGGUGGCAAUAGCACUGACACCAGCAACGGCAGCGCUGCACACAAGCCGGCUGCAGUAGCAGCGCCGGUCGCGGCGGCGGCGGCGGCGGCGGCGCCGGCCACUACAGCGGCAUCGCCCGAGGGCACAGCCACGGGCAGUAGCGCCGCCGCCUCUGAUGCAACAAAUAAGACAGCCGCGGCUGCAGCGCCCGCAGCGCCCCCUGCUGCCCCGGCGGCGCCGCCCGCUACUGCCGCCACAGCCGCUGCUACUGCCGCCGCUGCAGUAGCAGCCAAGUCCGCAUCGGGUCCCGGGCUGAUGCCCCUGGUGGCGACGGCGGCGGCGGUGAUCAGCAGGGCGGCUGCGCCGGCCCCUCCUGGUGCUCCUGGCGCAGCCGCGGUGUCGGCCACUGGUGUGAAGGCGGCAGGGCAGGUGGGCAGUAGCGACGGCGGCGGCGGCGGUAGCGGCAGCGGCAGAGGCAGAGGCAGCGGCAUGAGCACAAGUGGCGUGGUUUUGGCGGCGAGUGCUGCAGCGGGCGUGGCGGUGGCGGCGGUGGCGGCGUGUGUGCUGGCGCUGGCUCGUCGGCGGUGAUGGACAGGGUUGUUCUGGGUUUGGCGGGAUGUGUUUAAGCAGCACACGAGCACUGAGGAAGUUAUGCUGUGCUGCCGUGUGUGUGUGUGUGUGUGUGUGUGUGUGUGUGUGUGUGUGUGUGUGUGUGUGUGUGUGUGUGUGUGUGUGUGUGUGUGUGUGUGUGUGUGUGUGUGUGUGUCGCAAACUCGUUAUGAGACAAGCACCUGCACGUGACCAUGGCUGGGCCGCAGGGGCCUGGCACCAAAGUUAUGAGCAA